GCCAUUGCACACAGCGUCAUCGUCUGAGAUUUCACAAUAAUUAACAUUUCGUCUCAACAAGUGAAGUUGCAUAUUUAGAGCUUGUUUCGUGACGUUUAAGAAUUAGCUGAAAGAGAGACCGACUAAAAUAUUUUAUAGUGAGUUGCAGAAUUUGAAAAGUGGAACAUUCAAGAAAAUACGCGAAGCUAGCUGCAAGCCAUACAAGAAGUAACGUAAAGUGUUGUAGAACUCAACUGCGCAGUAUAAAAACAUAGGAAGGAACUGAAGAGUAAACAUAAUUUCGAAGUGAAUUGACCAGUAAAGAAGUGUUUUUGAUAACAGCGAUAUUCCGACCAACAAAGUAUCGAAAUCUGUGUCUUUGAAAACCAGUGGAAAUAUAUAACUAACUGAGGACGAUAUCCAACAAUCAAUCCAGUUCCACAUAUUUUCCUUCAUAAAGAGUAUAAAAUAUUUAAAAUGGCACGCCAUAACUUGAUUUCCGAAAAGUGCUUGAAAGUUACUUUUGAGGAUGACAAGCGCAAGUUGCAUACUUAUCUUAAUAUGCCAUCACCAAAUUUUGAGUUGUUGAAGCGAGAGAUCUCUUUAUGCCUCUUCGAAACGCGCAAGCUGCCGCAAUGUGAUGUUAAGAUCACCUGGAUAGAUGCUGACCACGAUGAAAUUGAGAUUGUCAACCAAGUCGAUUACGAGAUAUUCUUGUUAGAAAGUACUGAGAAUCAGCGCAUNCAAAAACAAAUGAAGAAAAUUCCGCAAAUGAAGCGGCUAUGGCAGCUUGUGAAGCAGCAACUAAAGCCGCUGAGGUUGCAACUAAGAUAGCUGCCGAGGUUGCUGGAAAGGCAACUUUAGAAGCCGCAGCUGCUGCAGAGCAAGCUACUGCCCAAGUUUUGAAUGAGUUAUUUACUGCUGAAGCUGCUGCUGCUCCGAAGCAAUCUCAAGAAAAUGCGGGCGAUAAAGAAAAGCAAGCUCC